CUGAGUGAGUCCAGGAUACCCAUCUCAUGUAUAUAAAGUCCAUCACCUCCACCUCGAAUACAAUCACUUUCCCUCUACUCUCCAUCACAGUUACAUUCCUUCCUUUUUCGCUACCGAAUACUCUUCUUCGUUCACUCCAGACCUAGAUCUGAGAUCAGUCCUUACAAACAAGCUUACUUGUCCAUUCCUUCCUCUCCGCCGUGCGUUGAGAUAUAUCAAGUCGAGCCAGUCUCCAAAUCAACAAAACUUCUAAAAAGUAUAUACAACUUUUUCAAAACCACUCAAAAUGUUCACCAAGUUCACCACUAUUGUCGCGGCUGCUGCUGCCCUUGUCUCUGCCAACCCUCUCCCUCGAGGCGAGUCCGGCUCUUGCAGCGUCACUCCUCACGACAUGUACUCCAGCAGCAUCGGAGUCCUGGGUUGCAAGAUCAACACCAACCGCGUCGCCUACUGGCCCGGUUCCGUUGACUGCAACAAUAUCUGCGUCAAGGUCUCCAACGAGGGCCGCUCCGUCUAUCUCCUCAAGAUUGACUCUUCCGGCGGUGCCCACGACAUCUCUUACGAUGCCUGGAACUACCUUGGCUUCGGCAAGUCUGCCACCCAGGACCCCCAGAUGGGAGGUGGCAUCAACAUGGACUACGAGUACGUCCACGCCUCCAAGUGCAAGGACCUCCUCGACGACGGCAAGCUUCCCCUCGCCGCCGCCAACUCGAUGAACUACGUCGCCUCUUGCCUGAGCGAGCCCAAGAGCUGGGUCGCCCAGAACUACGAGCUGUACAACAUCAACGACCCCGUCUGCAAGCACGGCGUCGACGAGAAGUGCCACCUCAACCUCGCCGUCAGCAACCAGCCCGAGUGCCCCAGCGGCCUCGGCUCCGUCAAGGGUCUCAAGCUCAAGGUUGAGAACAUUAUGUACGGCACUGGCGAGAAGGCCGUCGCCCUCUAAAUGGGUUUUUGUCUUAUACCUCUUUAUGUCUUACCAUGCCAUGAUGAUCACAAUAGAGAAAUCGCCGCCCUAGCAACUAGAUGCAGGGAGCGUGUCACUUUGCUACGAAUGAUAUGAAAAAAAUACUCUGUAAUGAUACACAGGAUACAGAGGAAAAAAGGAUUGUUUAUUGCAUUUUAUUUUACUUUUCAUGUAUAUACAUAGACCAUUGCCGACACGUCAAAUAGACUACACCUUCUUCAA